AUGAGUUGCAAUGGCUGCCGUGUGCUCCGGAAAGGUUGCAGCGAGAAUUGCAUCCUCCGGCCAUGUAUUCAGUGGAUAGAAACCGCCGAUGCUCAAGGCCACGCCACUGUCUUCGUCGCUAAAUUCUUCGGCCGCGCCGGUCUCAUGUCCUUUAUCUCCGCCGUACCGGAAUCUCAACGUCCCGCUCUGUUUCAGUCUCUGCUCUACGAAGCUUGCGGAAGAACAGUGAAUCCGGUGAACGGAGCAAUCGGAAUGCUGUGGAUGGGAAACUGGAAUCUCUGUCAAGCGGCGGUUGAGACGGUGCUUCGCGGCGGAUCUCUGAGACCGAUCCCGGAGCUUCUCACUCACGGCGGUGGAUUCGCCGGGUUUCCAUCGGCUACGUCUGAAGAAGCAUCUGAGAUCUGCACGGAAAUGUUGAAUCUCCAGCAGAAUAACUCCAGCGACCGUAACAUCUACCAUCAUUCCCGGUUUUCGAGCUCUAGAUCCAGAUCCACGACGGAAUCUUCUCCGACGAAACGUAAGCGAUCAGCAUCGGAACAGGAACCGUCUUCGAAGCUUGAUCUAUCUCUAAUCCCUAAUUUCCCCAUCAAAACAACGCCUUCUUCCACGCGGCGGAGAUCGGGAACACCGUCGAUGAACUCAGAGGAAUCCACGACGACGACUACUACUACGACGUCGUUUUGGGAUAACACUGCAACCGGUGAGCUGUGCGGAAACGGAGUAGAAACAAGCAAACUGCUCAACCUUUUUGUCUGA